AACAUCAUCACAAAAGAACAAGCAGAGUGUUCGUUCCCGUGCGUACGCCUCUUCUCUCGCUGUUUUUCGGUCGGUCUUACAACCAGCGAACGCUUUUCCGUCGGCUAGUGGUCUCUAUUUUUCGCGAAAUUUUCCUCCAAAAAGUGCAUUUUUCUUUGCUAAACCUCCACCAAAACACGAAUCAUUGUUUGUGCAACCCGGUUUCAGUGUUAGUUGGCAAUUUUCCAGCGAUUUCCAGUGCUUUUUCGGCGUUUUUCAGUACAUCCUGUCUGGCGACUGAGUGCUUAUUUUUUUUUCCUGGUGCUUCAUCAUUGGGUGCUGCUGCCUGCUGGUGGUGCAAAUAGAAUACAGCGACAGCGAGUGCAGUCUUGAAGCUUUACAGCCGAAGACGAAAAAACAGCUCAUCGCGCGGAGAUCCGUUCUUGGUGCGUGUGUUUUGAAUCAUUGCAAGGCGGUCAAAAACAAACGGGCGAGCUUUGACUACCUGUUAGUGCAGCGACCGACGACGACGAGGGCAAGGGCUUGAGGAUUGUGAUCAAAUUACUUCGGUGCUCAUUUGGUGUUCGGUGGAAUCUUGGAUCCUAAUCAGUAUUCCAGUCGGUUUAGACUCCAGUGUUGAAUCGGCUAAGAAGCAUCACUCAAUCAAUAAAGUUGUAAACGUAAACUGAACAAGCUUGCGUCUAGUCUCCCUGUAGCAGCCCUCACCCACGCUAUGGCCAGAAGCUAUGCUUGAACGUGUUCGAAUCGGUGGUCUGAGCGGAACGUAUAAAGUAAGAAGUGCCGAGCUGGCGCGCGACAAGAAAUCCCAAACCAAAGCGGUAACCGUCCUGUUCCUCGAUGAAACCACCCACACCUUCCAGCUAGAAAAGAAGGCCAAGGGAUCGGACCUGCUCGAGUUGGUCUUUCGGCAUCUGGAACUAUCAGAGCGGGAUUACUUUGGGCUACAGUUUCAGCCGAAAUGUGCCACCACCACCAACAGCAACAACGGCAGCAGCAAAAGGAGCAAAAAUGGCUCCGGAUGCAACAACGGUAGCACCGGUGGUAGCGAGGGGACUGCAAUCUCGCUCGAGUCCGGUCGGUGGCUUGAUCCGAACAAGCCCUUCCGGAAGCAGUGGAACGCGGUCCGCCUCUCGGGUGAUAUCAGUCCGGUGUUGAUCUUUAGAGUCAAGUUUUACAUCACCGACCCGAGCCGGUUGUGCGAAGAGUAUACGAGAUAUCAGUUUUAUCUGCAGAUAAAGCGGGACAUAUUUCAAGGAAAGCUUCCCGUGGCGUUGAACACCGCCUGUCUGCUUGCUAGUUAUACAGUUCAGUCUGAACUAGGCGAUUACAAUCCCCUGGAACACACACAUGGCUAUCUCAGUGAUUUGCAGCUACUGCCGGAACAAAACGAGGACGCCGAACAUCGGAUAUCGGAACUGCACAAGCUACACAGAGGUCAACUACCGGCGGAUGCCGAGUACAACUAUCUCGAACAUGCCAAACGGCUGGAUAUGUAUGGGAUAGAUUCUCACAGGGCAACGGAUUCCGCCGGAAAGGAACUGAGUUUAGGCGUCUCAUCCAUAGGAUUACUAGUCUACCAGAACGGUAUUCGCAUCAACACCUUCUCCUGGUCCAAGAUGGUCAAAGUGUCAUUCAAAAGGAAAGAUUUCUUCAUCCAGCUUCGUCGGGAACCGUCGGAGAGCUACGAUACACUGCUCGGGUUCAACAUGGGCGCACAUCGCAACGCAAAAUCACUGUGGAAGGCAUGUGUGGAACAUCACUCGUUUUUCCGUCUGCAAAGACCGCACCGAUCACCACGAUUCCUGCCAUUAACCCUAGGUUCUAAGUUUCACUAUUCCGGCCGCACCGAGCUUCAAGCCGUACAGGAAAGUCGACAACGUGGCAAGGUCGCCAAGAUCUUUAUACGUUCGCCCAGUAAACGACAACUGGCGGCAUCUCAGCCGCAAUCGCCGCUGCUAAAUGGUUCCGGCAACGAAAGCACCAACGGAACCGCCAACAACAAAAAUCAACUCUCGUUGCUGUCGUUGACGAAGGCCACGAGGGCGUACGAUAAGGUUACGUCGAAAACUCCGUCGAUCCCGAGGAAAGCUUGGGAGCAACAGAGUGAUGAACCCACGUUCAUCGAGCAUUGCGCCCGAACGUACGAUGCGCAGAUUCCGACCAUGUUCGAUUCCCCUCCGGCGUACAACGGUAUCAACAAUCCGGAGAACAGUGUGCCCAAGGAGGAAGGCCUGGUCACGAUACGACUGGUGGCGGACGACCAGGGUCGGUUCGGGUUCAACGUAAAAGGUGGCGUAGAUCUGAAUCUGCCGGUGCAGGUGUCCCGGGUGGCACCGCACACCCCAGCAGACAAGAGCACACCCCGGAUCUGCGAGGGUGACCAACUGGUGAUGAUCAACGGGCGCGACGUGAGCACCAUGAUGCACGAGCAGGUUGUGAAUUUGAUCCGUGCCUCGCGGCAGGGCGGAGAGCUUAUGUUAACGCUGAAACCGAAUGCCUUAGUCGACUAUACGGAAGAGGAACCACUCUAUCAGUACGUUCCGGAGGAGAGUGACAUCGUGCGCGGCGAAUUGAAUGGCGAUCAGCUGUUCACGCAGUCGCUACUGCUGUUGAGCGACGGGCUGGCAUCCGGAUCACUGUUGGCACAGUACGAACAGAUGUAUAGGAAGAACGCUGAUUUGCCUAUAACCGAGGCGCGGAAAAAUGAAAAUCUGAACAAGAAUCGCUACAGGGAUAUUUCGCCUUAUGAUUGCACCCGCGUGGUGCUGCUCAAUGCAGAAAGUGGAGAUUAUAUCAACGCAAACUACGUCAACAUGGAAAUUCCUCCGACGGGAACCAUCAACCGGUACAUCGCCACCCAGGGUCCCCUUUCGACCACGGUGAACGAUUUCUGGCGAAUGGUUCAGCAGGAGAGCAGUCAUCUGGUGGUAAUGUUGACCACCGUUAUGGAACGGGGCCGUCCCAAAUGUCACCAGUAUUGGCCCUCGGCUGACGAGGAGCCGCUGGCCCUGUCGGAGGGAUUCUCCAUUCGAUGCCUCAACGAGAAACCGGACGAAACCGGAAGCUUCGUCUUUCGGGAUCUGGUGUUGACUGAUGAGAAGACAAAAGAAACCCGAACCAUCCAGCACAUGCAGUACCUUGCUUGGCCGGAUCACGGAGUACCGGCUGAUCCGGAGCUGUUUCUACAAUUCACAGAGAAAGUACGUGCCGCGAGGAAUACCACUCUGCUGCAGGAGAUCGAAGCCAGUUUGAAAAACGUCAAGCUGCGGACGAUGGACGAAAACGGUGGUUUGGAUUCUUCGGAGCGACGGAUUGUGCAUACGGAUAGCGACGAAAGUCCUAAUGAUAUGCCGUCCUCUACGUCAGUUCACCAAUACAUCAGUGCAGCUAAUCCUCCCAUCAUAGUUCAUUGUUCUGCCGGAAUCGGGCGAACAGGGGUUCUCAUUCUCAUGGAUACGGCACUCGCAUUGAUGGAAACGAAAGAGCCUGUCUACCCACUGGACAUUGUGCAGGCCAUGCGUGAUCAAAGGGCUUGUAUGGUGCAAAACGUGAGCCAGUAUCGCUUUGUGUGCGAGUGUAUCUGCGCAGCGUACCGAAAAAUGGUAACCAACGAAGCGAUAGAGGAAGCCACUACAGUUGCAACCAAACCAAUAUCAGUCACGAAUGGUGCUAGCGCUCCCUUGGUAUCCUCCAGCGACGAGGAUUCGAGUUCCCCGUUGGAAGAGGUUCCCAAUGGAUCGUCACCACCAAGAAAAGCCCCACUGGCCGUGGAAACGACGAGUCUUACCACCACUACCACCCCUACCACCAACAAUGUUACGCCCACGAAUGGAAACGAACCUGCUACCGUUACGACUGCCAUCAAUGGGAACGCCCCGGCGGAUUCCUGACGAGAAACUAUUGUUUAGGUUCCUUGCUUCGGCCCCACUGCCCUUUGAUGGGAUAUUUUUUAACACUCUAUGUUUAGUUCAUCAAACCGCGAGACACGAACAAACGUAAGCAGCUUUCAGCAGACAUAUUCAUCUACGUAUUAUGCAUAUAGUUUCCCAUCCAGGCAGCGCAAAUGUAUCUUCGUAUAACUAUUAUUAGUCAUUUAUUAUUGAAUAGGCGUCAACGUACAUUUUACACAACAAAAUAUCAUUUACUCUGUGCUAUUUAAUCAGUCAGUAACGUAUAUCUUUCUCUAUCUCUCUUGUAGAUUAGUAGACAACAAGUGAAAGUUUAUUAUAUGUAGCCGUGAAACAAAUUUCAAACUCUAACUGUCCAUUACUGUCCCCCGUGUAGAAGAAUCCCCCUUUCCCCAGUUUUACCUCAUUCCCCAUCGAAAAACUCCAAUCUUCGUAUAGUAAGUCCGUUUGUGGUGUUAAAUCCCCGCGAUAAAUCAGAAGAAUCUGUCCAUAUUUUUCACAAACGAUUUCCCACUUGAUAGAUUUGAAUACGAAAUAAAACAGAAAAUUGUUUGAAUAAUGAA